CCUGCAGCCUGCCCGGCUCCUUAAACACACCGUGGUAAAUAACGGCCACAUCGCGAUCCAGGAGCUCACUAUAAACUAUAAAAAUGACCCCACUAUGCAGGUUACUAUUGUGGGAAUCAUCAGGAGCACAGACAAGUCCAUGACCAACAUCCAGUACAAGGUGGACGACAUGACGGGAGCUCCAAUGGAUGUGAAGCAGUGGGUCGACACUGAGGUGCUGAGUUUGAUACGAGGCUGCCCGGAUCCACAGGGAAUCAGCAUCUACGACGUAAAACAGAGGCUCGGCACCAUGAGUAUGGCUAUCAUAAAGGCCAUAAUGGAGCCACCAGUGAAGAGCGAGGUCAUUCUCUCAGUUUACAUCAUUGCCUUCCUCAUCGGCCUGCCAGCCAACCUGCUGUCUCUCUACGCCUUCAGCGUUAAGAUCCACUCCAAGCCACUUCCAACAGACAUCCUGCUCCUCAACCUGACCGUCUCCGACCUGCUCUUCUUGAUCGUUCUUCCUCUCAAGAUGCACGAGGCAGCUUCAGGCAUGGAAUGGCAUUUACCCGGCUUCAUGUGCUCCAUCACCUCCUUCACCUUCUUCUCCACAAUCUACACCAGCUCCUUGCUGCUGAUGGCAGUCAGUGUGGUGCGCUACAUUGGUGUAGCUUACCCCGUCACCUACCAUCAGCUGCUCAAACCCGUGUACGCGAUCAUUGUCAGUGCUGUAAUAUGGCUGAUCUCAGCAGCACACUGCAGCAUUACUUUCAUCACCCAACACCACCCGUCCCUGUCCAGCAAUGACUCCAACGUCUGCUACGAGAACUUUACUGACAAGCAGUUGCAGAUCCUCCUCCCAUUACGUUUGGAGUUUUUCAUCGUGCUUUGCCUCAUACCUCUUCUAAUUUGUGUUUACUGCUACUUGCGCUGCAUUCUGAUCCUGUACAGCCGCCCCAGGAUAUCCCGCAUGCAGAAGCAGAAGGCCAUCGGCAUGGCCAUGGGGACUCUGGCUGUCUUCCUCAUUUGUGUGUUUCCAUACAACUUCUCUCAUGUGAUGGGUUAUAUCCAAGGUAAGAGCCCAAAAUGGAGGUACUACACCUUGCUGCUCAGCACCUUCAACACCUGUAUUGAUCCCAUCAUCUUCUACUUUUCCUCCUCUGCUUUCCGCUGCACUAGUAAAAAGUCAGUUUUCAGGACGCAUGUGAUCACUGUUUCAGCAUUACAAAGGCCAGCCACAAGCUCUGACACUGGAGUGUAACAUGUGCUUUCAAUACAAUAUGUGCAAUUAUGUCUUCAAUGUUAUUAUACGACUGUAUGUUAUGGACAUUAUAUCAGAAUGUGUACAGAUUGCCUUGACAGUUUAAUUUGGUUGGGCUCAGUUUUGCAGGCCACUGGGUAACAAAAUAUCAUUAUAUAUAUCCUGCUCAAAGGGACUGAGCUGCUUUCCAAACCAAACAAUUGUAGAUACUUUCAUGACAAAACCACAAGAUAUGUUUGAUGCAUAUGCAAAAUUUACAGUAAAUUCUUAAUUUCUGUGUGGGUAUUGAUAUUCUUUGCAGCCUUGACAAUAUUAUCUCCUGUUUACUUUAACGUGAGCAGACAACUCUGAUAUGCACAGAAUCGUCUAGCAUAAGAUAAUGACACAAUAACAAAACUAUUGUAUAGUAAAGAAAAAAAGUUCUUUGGUGUAAAUAAAUGUGGGUCUACACCACUGGGUCCAGACCGCUGGUCCAGACCACUGGGUCC